AGCCAUUGCGGCUCCUUUUGGAGGUGCGUUGGCGACCGGUGACGGGUAUUUUCCCUCGGACGGGUGUCGGAUCGGGCCCGUUCGAGUGGCCGCGAUGCGGCUGCUCUGUGUCUUGCUCGUGGUCCGGAGUGCUGUGGCCGAUCUCACGUUCGUGGUGCCCAAACCCAGCUUCAGCUUGGUGCCUCGAACGUUGGUCGUUCCGGAUCAGAGUAGUGGAGCUCAGGGAGCUCUGCGCGAAGCGAGCGGCAGCACAGCGGCCGUGUUGCUUGGCGCCUCGGCGGUGCUGCUGGCCCUUGGCCGGCGGGCCAGGCCCAGCGGCGCCAGCGGCACGGCAAGGAACGUGUGGUCAUUCUUCGACAUGGAAAAGAAGGAAGAUGGCUAUGGAAAGGAUGCUGCCACUGUGGGGUGGCGCUCCUAUCAGAUGCUGAGAAAGCAGAGCAAGCUGACGAUGGGACGGAAGAUUCGCUACAUGCGACAGCAGAAGAUCCUUCGUGACAACAACGUCAACUGGGGCCGCUAUGGCUCCUGGACCGAAGAAGUGAAGAACAAGAGAUUCCGCAACAUGUACCAGGGGCCGGAGUCGCAUCCGGACAACCCCGACUUCCCGCGGCCCUUCUCCGGGCUGCCUGCGCUGGGAGGCGGGGCUCCGUCGGUGGGCCUGGCCUGCUCCGCGCCCCGUCGCGCGGGCACGACCUUGGCCGGCUCCUUUGGAUCGCUGAAGCGAGCGGUCUUCACACCGCCUCGCGCACGGUCGGCCUUGGUCCUUCACGCCCACAAGAAGGCGGCGGCGAGCACCAAGAACCAAGGCUCUGCUCGUAAUCCUCACUUCUGGGGAGUCAAAGCCCUCAAUGGCAAAUCUGUGAAGUGUCGUCAGCUCUUGGUGAAGCAGAAGGGUAUGAAUUGGUACCCUGGAGAGAAUGUGAUGAGAUGCAAGAAUGACUCCUUGAUCGCCUUGAAGGAUGGCAUCGUGCAGUGGAAGGGCGAUUACAAGCACAGGGAGAUCAGCGUGGUGCCCUGGGAGUACGUGAACGAGAAGUGCCAAUGGCUGAACUCAGGAACCUUGGGCCCCAAGGAGUACGAACCAUGGAUGGGCUCCCGACUCGAGGUGACAUUGAAGAUGAAGCGACGCUGGUUGGACACCCCGGAGGGCGCAGAAUGGAACGCCAAGAAGCAAGAGAAGGCUGCAUUGCAGAAGGAGAUUCAGAAGAAGAUCAGGGCGAAGAAAGCGUUGCGCUGGAAGAAGGACCUCACCCCCAAGAGGGAAAAGGUGGUCGCGGGCGACUCUGAUUCUGAGAAGUGAUUUGCCUCGCCAGAAGAUUUUCGGCCACCAGCAGAA